AAGGUGUAAGCUUUUCAAGCAGCCGACAAUUUCCAUUUUCAUCCAGCUGGUUUCAGCCGUGUCGACAUAUACUAUCACUUGCCGUAUAAUUGACACGUGCGUCAUACAUGUAAAAUCAUCAACUAAGCAGCGAAUUACAUCCAUUACAAGCCGUCAACAUUUGUCUUUUCUGUCCUCGGUCCUCCACCGUUGUAUGUUAACAUCAGGAUUAGUGUCCUGUGAUCUCUCUAUCGAAUCCUGUGUUUUUUCCUUUCGUUUGGCUCGACUUUCGACUGAAAUCAGUUGCCAUGUUGGGAAGAUUGAAGCGCAGUUUUGACGAUGCACAGAGUCGCUUAAAAUGCAGGAAGCUUCUUGGAAUCGGAGGGAAGGAACCGAGUAAGGUUCUUCAGGUCCUUGGCAGCCAUGAGUCAUACUUCAUAAGUAUACCGAGAGGAUACGAAACAUGGCAAGUGGUGGUACCAGUCUUCCUCUCUGUAGUAUCAAUUAUGUUGAUGAUAUUUCCAAGCUAUUGUUUACGUGCUCUGGGCGAUAGUAAAGAAUCUACUAGUUUCGCCGGUGCUCUAAGUUGUCGACUGCUGGCAAGCGCUUUGAUAGGGAUCGCUGGUAUAUCAUGGGGAACAAAGCCUAUAACUAUAUCUUCCAUAAAGCGUAUUUUAUUACUCCACUCUACGUACUGCGGGGCAGCAACGUUGUUUUUGGCCGUGGCAUGCAUCUCUCUCCGCACCAGAUUCCUCAUCGCGUUGACCGCUAUCCACGCCAUCGUUGCUGCGGUCAGUUUAUUCUACUUUGUAGCCGUGCGCAAGUUAAACAAACCCACUCCAGAGAAACCCAAUGCUAAGAACGGCUACGAGGAGAAUCACAUCAACUGAUGUUUGCCUGCAUUGACGUGGAGUUUACAACCCUUCUGUGGAAGGUAGCGAGCUGUCUACAUUGCGCUGGUUGUCUCUUAAAGAGCCAUCCCAUACCGGCAGAACAGUGCCUUCUUUUGACGAAGCCGCGCUUUUUAUUGAUGGAAUAAUCUCUCGUGCCAGAUGGGUAAACUUAAGACAAACGGUAAUGUUCCCUAAUAAAGACAAGAGUCGUUAAAGGCUUGUUAUAUAUCUUGGAUAGCUUAUUUUCCUGCCUUACCCCCUCCCCCUCGCAUUUGUAUUUGUCUAGUGUACGCUAUCAAGCGCGAUAGAAAAGGUUUCGUUGUGUUGUUCAUGUUGACAAGUCUCAGAGUAAUUUUUUAGACAAGGUAAAAAUUAGUAUAAGAAAAUUAAUAUAAAAGGCGCGAGGUUUGUCGGAACGAAAAUUGUCUGGGUUGAGGUAUAGGGUCGUCUGUUAAUUUUAUGGCUGUGUUGUAUUGACUGGAGUCGUGGCACUCUUUGUUUGAUAAAGUAAGGUAUAUGUUGCGCAGAGUUAUUUUGUUACAGGCAUUUUCCGUUGACUUGAGUAUCCGUUUUCUUUUCUAUCUUAAUAGUUUUAUUUGUAAAUAGUUUUUUUAUUUGUUUUACGUUAGUUUUCUACCAAAUGCUCGAGUCAGCGAUAUGUUUUCGGUUCCAAUAUUAAAAAAAAAAAAAAACCUACGGGGUAUUUUUGGACACAUUCUUGCGAACUGAUUUGGACUUUGAGAAUCUAGAUCAGGUGAAAUGAAAAUUGAUAAACUUGCUGAAUAAAACGCAAAUCUACGUUUGAAGGAAAACAGGUGGAGACUACUUAGACGGCUAAAAUGAUGAAAUUGAAUAUUUCCCGAAGAAAAUUGUGAGUUUUUCGAUCGAAAUGAUACCCAUAUUUAUGGUAGACGUGUAAAUACUUGUAGGAGACGGCUUCGUUCGCAGGAAAACGCCGGUUGCGAUUGGUGUUGAAGGUGAUGUUACUCGAGACGAUUUUUAAUCCCUCUUUAUCCGCAUCGUUUUAGCUCGGGCUCCAACGCGCCAUUUAGUCAAUCUUCACCAGAGGUGAUUGGCCGUGAGAUUGACGCGAGAUUCCUGACCAAUCAUGCAAGGCAGUUUUAAUGCUCGGUCAAAAUGAAUACGAUAGGAUUUGUUAUAUAGUCAACCAUUUACACCCUCGCAUCAGGUGGCAUAUUCUCCAUAUUGUUCUGUUUACCUUUCCUGUAGUUCAAUCAAGAGUCUUUGGUUGACGACGGUUCAUUUUUUUUUAUUCUCGUGUUCUUGAUUCUUGAUUCAGCAGUGAUACUUUAGGAGAAGUUAGAUGCUAGACGCUUUGAGGGUUUAAAGAAUUAAGUUUGUUAUUGUUACUUAAUGUGCCUAGUCUUGUCUAUCGAUCAAGAUGCGAGAGAAUGUUACAAUAUGACAUGGUGAUUUGUAAAACGGUAAACGGCUUGAACUUCAGAGUAACAGCUGAUUCUGUAUUCUGCUCGUCCGUGUGAGGGCCGUGCUAAAAGGGGCGGUUACCUCAGAGGAAGUCAUCGUCAUCAUAAUCAACAACUUCCGCACGAGUUGAAGAAACGUCAGGUCACAGAAGACGUCAAAAUAAGGUUAGAAACAUGCACUUCGUGUGUUACCGAUUUUUUUACCACAUUUUGAAGUCUUCUGUGAUCUACUACUGAACAGACCCACGGCAACAUAGAAUCUAUUUGUUUUUGUAUUAUAAAGAAGCAAAAUGUUGCUUAUUGUGGUGUCAACUUUGUCUUUCCUCCAAUAGAUCAUAAGUAUGAACCACUAAGAAUACGUGUAGACCUCAGCUUGUCGUAGAACCGUUUCUAGAUUACCCUUACGUGCACGAUCAGGUUACGCGCUCAUAAUUUGAACACUCCACUAGUUGUUAUGUGAUAAAAGGUAAUUGAAACUUUUAACGAAUUCACUUUUCGUGGAGGGACAGAAACGCUGUCAUUGUACCUGUUUUAGAUUUUGGAACUGUUUGUAUGCUCCCUUUCUAGUGUAGAAUGUUGUAAAUGUAAACAUAACGAAACCAUCUUGAACAUUGUACAUUGUAAGCACAAAUACUUCUUGAAAGUCAUAAAUAAAAAUUUUGCAAACUCGA